UAUCUGUGAAUCUGCAGUAAAGAGAAUCCUUUUUUGCACACGUCUCUUACACAUAGAACCAGGAAACUAUUUCAGCUGUUAAGAGAAAGUGAAACUUAAAUGCCUUUGAGCUGUUGUACUUGUCUUUCCAUCUGUGCAUAAAGUGAAAUGGCAGAAUUUGGGUUUUCUCAGGAGCAGUUCAGCUGUCCAGUGUGUCUGGAUCUACUGAAGGAUCCGGUGGCCAUUCCCUGUGGACACAGUUUCUGUAUGAGUUGUAUUACAGACUGCUGGGAUCAGGAUGAUCAGAAAGGAGUCUACAGCUGCCCUCAAUGCAGACAGACCUUCACUUCAAGACCUGCUUUAAAUAAAAACACCCUGCUGGCUGAAGUGGUGGAGCAACUGAAGAAGACUAAACUCCAAGCUGCUGUUCCUGCUGAACAUGGAGAUGUGGAGUGUGAUGUCUGUACUGGAAGAAAACACAAAGCUGUCAAGUCCUGUCUGGUGUGUCUGAACUCUUACUGUCAAAAUCACCUUCAACAACAUGACAGUCUCUUUAAAGGUAAGAGACACCAUCUGAUAGAUGCCACUGGACGACUUCAAGAAAUGAUCUGCCCUGAACAUAAUAAACAACUCGAAAUCUAUUGUCAUACUGACGAGAAGUGCAUUUGUUAUCUGUGUACGAUGGAUAAUCACAAAAACCAUGAUACUGUAGCAGCUGUAGCAGAGAGGACAAAGAAACAGAUGGUUUUGGAAGAGAGAAAGAGAAUGUUCCAGCAGAGGAUCCAGCAGAGAGAGAAAGAUCUUGAAGAGCUGAGAAAAGCUGUUGAAUCUCAUAAGCGCUCUGCAGUGACAGCAGUGGAGGACAGUGAGAGGAUCUUUACUGAGCUUAUCCGCUCCAUUGAGAGAAGGCGCUCUGAGGUGACACAGCGGAUCAGAGAUCAGGAAAAGUCUGCAGUGAGUCGAGCUGAAAGAGUCAUGGAUCGACUGGAGCAGGAGAUUGAUGAUCUCAGGAGGAGAGAUGCUGAGCUGGAGCUGCUUUCGCACACAGACGACCACAUCCAUUUUCUCCAGAGAUUCCAGUCUCUCUCUGAACCUCCUGAAUCUACAGAUGUACCCAGCGUCACUGUCAGCUCUCUCCUCUCUUUUAAUGAUUUGGGAAAGUCUGUGACUCAGUUGAAAGAAAAACUGCUGGAUUUUUGUAGAGAGGAGAUAGACAAGAUAUCUGGCAGAGCAACAUACAUUGAAAUUAUUCCCACCAAUGAGCCCAAGAUCAGGGAGGAGUUCCUGCAAUAUUCCAGUCUGUUCACUCUGAAUCCAAACACAGUAAAUAAAAACCUCCACCUGUCUGAGAGGAACCGUGUGAUUACUUUCACAAACACAGUCCAGCAGUAUCCUAAUCAUCCAGACAGAUUUGAUAGUUUGUUGCAGGUGUUGUGUAGAGAGAGUGUGUGUGGACGCUGUUACUGGGAGCUUGAGUGGAGUGGGAGUCUUGGUGUGGGUAUAUCAGUGUCAUAUAAAAGCAUCAGCAGGAAGGGACGGAUAAAUGAGUGUGUAUUUGGAUGUAAUGAUCAGUCCUGGAGACUGACUUGUUCUCCUUCUAGUUACUCAUUCUGGCACAAUGGUAGAUGUAAUGAUUUCCCUGAACUCUCUAGCAGCUGUAGAAUAGGAGUGUAUGUGGAUCACAAUGCAGGAACUCUGUCCUUCUACAGCGUCUCUGACACAAUGACCCUCAUCCACAGAGUCCAGGCCACAUUCACUCAACCUCUAUAUCCUGGGUUUGGGGUUUACAAUCAAUCAGCAUUGAAAUUGUGUGAUCUAACACUAUAGAUUAUAGAGAGCUGACCGAAAUUGUAAUAAUACUGUAAUGUGGCUUAACCCUUUGAGCGGUACGGUCCCACAUACGGGAUUUUUAUUUCUGUGCCCCUGGGCGUACGGUCCCACAUAUGGGAUUUCGAACGUUCAGCGACGUCACAUAACUGCCAGAUUCAAACUGUGCUUUCGCGCUUUGGCUGUGAGACGGACGCGCGCAGCUCUUGUCAUAUACCAAAGCUAUGCAGUGUUUUCAGCCACAUAAUGCUUCUUUUAAGGUUUCAGACAUUUAAAUACGCAUAAGCACCAUUAAAACAAUACAUUUAGAGUUUAUAAAAUACACACUGAUGUCAGACAUCAUUGGAAGCAGUAAUAACAAUCCAUUCAAAUAUAAUUUGCCGACAUUUAUUCAUAUCAGACACACAUAAUGGGCCUAAGUAACUAUAAAGUUUACUCUAUUAUUCUUCCAGUUCACCAGCCACUUACUUGCAUAUAUUUCGGGAGAAACUGAUGAAUUCACAUGCUGUAAAUCCGACUGACAGGACUCCGUGAACUGCAGCGCAAACUAAGAUGGCGGCGCCCAUCUCGCGUUAUAGAUCAAGAUAAAGAUCAUUUUUAAACGACAGAACACACUCACUUACACAUAUUUGAGAAUCGGAAUAUCAUAUGGUUGAUGACAUGGUAAGCAAGUUUGCGAAUAUUUUAAAUAAAAAAGGAAAAACAAAAUAAUAGCGAUCCAUCUGUCAUACAGUGUUAUUGUGGCUGCGUUCAGCGCUCGUGACACGCAUGACGCGUCGCCAUGGAAACAAUAAGGGCAAACAAAUUUAAAAUAACGGGGGGUCACUCUGGGGGGUCAGUUAGAAUAUUUUAAACUCACGCUUGAAAGGGUUAAUAAAUACGGUAACACUUUAUUUCGAUGGUCCACUUUAGACAUUCUACUAACUAUAAGUAAUUUUGCAAGUACGUCAACUACCGGUCAUUAGAGUAUCACUGUCUGCUUAAUAUCUGCUAACACUUUUUUUUGUUUGUUUGUUUCUCAACAGACAUUCUACUAACUAUAAGUACCUUUGCAAAUGCUUGUCAACUUCUAGUGGUCUGAACCCUAACACCUAACACUAGCCUAACAGUCUACUCUAAUGAGAGUUAGUCGACAUGUAGUUGCAAAGUUACUUAUAGUUAGUAGAAUGUCUAAAGUGGACCAUCGAAAUAAAGUGUUACCAUAAAUACUACUUAGCUGAACUUCUGCUAUUGAAAGAUGUUAGAUGUUAACAAAAUUAAAAUACUUUAGAGAUUAUGCUCUAUUAUGCUAUUUUGCCUUUCAUUUAGUUUGUAAUAUAGCUGUUUGUGCAUGUAGACAAUCUGAAAAGUUAAAAAGCACAAAGUCCCUGCAAGCUAACAGAAAACACCUGCCUGAAAUGCCUUAUUUGUAGUCCUGCCAUUAUUUCCAUGACAUACAUAGCUAUGUCAAAAGUAACACAUUUACAUACCUGCCUGAAACCAAAACGCAGAGCCAAAACUGAAAGUGAUCAUUCAGACAGAGGGUGAAAACAGGUGCUGCAAACAUUAAAUCAUGUAAACCUUUAAAGAUAAAUGAUUCAAUUUGUUGUUCAAUUUCUUUUUCUUCAAAACACAGCAGCUUUCAAAACACAACAGCUUUGAUCACAUGACCUGAAUUACAUUCUCAUUGGUCACUCAAAUUUCUCAAAAAUCCCAGAGUUUCUGCAUACAAAGAUUUCAUUGACAGAAACUAUAUCAUAAAUGAAACUAACUGAACUUUUAAACUUGUCAGCAUUUAACUUAAUCAAUAGUACUUUCGUAUAAUUUUGUAUAUAUACAGUAACUUUAGGACAGUGGAUAUACCUUUAUCAUAAUUAGUACAGACGUUUGAUUUUUUAUUGUGAAAUAUUUGAAUGCUGCUGUCCAUGUAUUUGAUUGAAGGUAGAGCCUAUGAUGUAUUGUAGUUUUUUGUUGUUGUUGUUGUUGUUGUAUUUUGUGUACAUUAAUAUGCUGUCAUUCCAAUUGAGAUGUUCAUUAAUUCAAAAGCUUUUAUUGUUUGAAAAUACGGCUCUGAUUAAAUUAUAAAUUACAUAAUCAGAUCAUACAUUAUAGAAUAUAAUAUAUAAUAAUAUAAAUUAUAAAGAAUAUUAAAAAUAAAGAGACCCCUUGAACUGUUGCUUAAUGAAAUAUAUGAAUAUGCAUGUUAUAUAAAGUACAAUAACCUACAUGGUAUAUGCCCCCAUAUCAUGCAUUAAAAUCUUUCAGGUGCAAACAAGUUUAGUUUAUAAGUUAAAUAAUAAACUAUAGAUCAAUCCCAGAUUUGACUAUAAAAUGUUUACAGUGAGCUUUGUGAGACUGCUGUACCUAAUAUAAAUUGUGUUGGAUUUGUUUGGUUUUGUCAACUAUAAAUGUACUUUGAAACUGUACACAUAUUGUCACAGGAUGGCUGUUUACAAGCACAUGACGAAGAAAAUGAGUAACAAGUAAAGUCUUUAUUAAAUCCACAUGAAGAAGUAGCAAACACAACCAUAAACACUGGCGAUACCGGACAAUGAACUGAACAGAACUCAGGGUUUAAAUAACAGGGAGAUAAUUGGAAGAACAGAAACUGGUGUGGGAUUAAUUAAAUGUUUAACAAAUGUUUUUAUUAGCCCUGAGUGGACAACAUGUGUGUACAAGUAAUGUGGUGUUUCAAUACUGCGCCAUUGUGGUUUGGCACCACUCAUGGACUGAUAUGUUUGCAGUAGUGUUUGUAUCUUAGUGUCUGUCUUUGUAAGACUGUUUGUGAGACUUAGUGGACUUUUACUUUUUUAUUGUCUAUGAUUCUGCAGUAAAAUAUAGCUGAGUCACUUCUUAAA